AUGAGGGAUGAGGCUGAAGAGUGGUUGGUGGCGGUGGUUGAAGAAUGCGCAGGCAACGACGAUUCUUCACCACCACCACCACCACUCCUCAUCACACCCGACCUCUCAAAGCUCCCAUCCAUCGAUACCACGAGGGGCUAUCCCAGGGAAGACGAAUGGGUCAUAGAAAAAGGGGCAUUUGGGGGAUGGCAAAUGCGAAAUCGCAUCGGGGUUCUGACGAUGGGGAAUGACGCUGAUGCUUGA